AUGGUCGUUGGACUGAUCCUACGAUUAACAGCCGUUGUUUCCGUUUUAGAAGCAGUCAGUUUCGACUACCAAUUCUUCUUCAACCUGCUUCUCCCACCCAUUAUCCUAUCGUCCGGUUACGAGCUGCAUCAGGGGAACUUUUUCCGCCACAUCGGAACUAUUCUGACCUUCGCGUUCGCUGGAACUUUCAUAUCGGCGGUCGUUCUUGGUGUAAUCCUCUUCCUCUGGACGAGAAUCCCCCUCGAUGGCCUGAACAUUACUUUUGUCGAGGCCAUGUCGGUCGGUGCUACGCUUUCAGCUACAGAUCCCGUCACUAUUCUCGCCAUCUUCAAUACCUACAAGGUUGAACCCAAGCUUUACACUGUUAUUUUUGGCGAGUCAAUUUUGAACGAUGCUAUCGCUAUUGUGCUUUUUGAGACGGCACAAAAGUACAAAGAUCCCAACAUGACGCUUACCAUACUGAGUCUAUUCGAAGCUAUUGGUAUCUUCUUUGGCGUUUUCUUUGGCAGCUUGUUCAUCGGCAUCCUGGUGGGUAUUGGCGCCUCUUUGAUGCUGAAAUUCACGUAUGUGAGGCGCUUCCCUAAAACGGAAAGUUGUCUCAUCGUUCUUAUUGCCUAUGGAACUUACUUCUUCUCCAACGCCAUUCACAUGUCUGGAAUUGUGUCUCUCUUGUUUUGCGGUAUCUGCAUGAAACACUAUGCGUAUCUAAACAUGUCUCGACGAACGCAGUUGACAACCAAAUUCGUCUUCCAAGUCACCGCGCAGUUGUCUGAAAAUUUUAUCUUCAUCUACCUCGGUCUUUCGCUCUUCACGGACGAUUCUCUCACAUAUAAGCCGCUUUUCAUUCUUGUUACCGUGGCAGGAAUAUGCGCGGCACGGUGGUGCGCAGUCUUCCCAUUAUCGCGGAUCAUAAAUUCCGUAAUUCGGUACCGCCAGCGACGUUUUGGAAACGAAGCAGGGGAAGAGAUACCAUAUUCCCAUCAAGCUAUGAUUUUCUGGGCGGGACUGCGAGGAGCUGUCGGAGUCGCUCUUGCUGCCGGCCUUUCGGGGGUCAACGGUGAUGCACUUCGUGCAACCGUUCUUGUUGUUGUUGUUCUGACAGUCAUCAUAUUUGGCGGGACAACGGCUCGCAUGUUGGAAAUUUUGAACAUUCGCACUGGUGUGGUCGAAGAGAUUGACUCUGACGAUGAGUUCGACAUCGAGGUAGUUGGUGGAGGUACCUACUCUCGUAACAAAGGCCUUGGCUUUGGUCACACUCCACGACAAAGCUCGAAUGGGUUUGCGCUGCACAAUGUCAAUGACAAUGGGCCAUCUUACUCGAGCGGCAAUGUCAACAGAAGUAGUCCCCCGAGCCGACCCUCUAACUUGAACGCUAGACGAAAUUCAAGCCGGCCAAGGCGCCAUGAUGGUGCCGAUCAAGGCUUGCUCAGUCCCGGUGACAGUGGAAGCAACGACGAAGACGACGGAGAUCUUGAUCUCCCCCCAAGCGCUCGAAGAUCGCCAAACAGGGUCCCUUCACCGCUGGGACUGCCACAGGAUACCACGCCCUACCCUACUUCCGGCACUUCGAGUAGAACAGUCGGCGAGUCGUCAAGAGUCGCUACUGCUACUGGUGCUGUAAAGCAGCUCUUUUCAGAACUAUCUCAGGAUCCUGCCGCAGCAUUCAAACAGAUAGACGAUGGGUUCUUGAAGCCACAUCUGCUACUUGAUCCAGGAAAUGGUCCUGGUCCAGGGCCCAACAAUGUCUAA